CGUCUCUGUUGAUCGAUGACCUAUGAUCCUCUUUAUCACCUGAUAAUCAGUUCAAAUAUAAACAGCGUCCACCUCAUCGACUCUCCCACUGCGAGACGCUCUGAAACCCUCGCCAACAUGCUUACAACCAACCACAGGCUGAUUGUCUUGACCCUGCUGGUGUCUCUACUGUUUGCCAUACAGGUCCAGUCUGCACCAGUAGAUAGUGACUGGGCAACCGGGCUGAUCCAUCGUGCCAAGCGCUCGUUACUAUGGCGAUGGAACACUCUGAAACCUGUGGGUUCUGGAUGUAGAGAUCACUUUGAGUGCGGAACCAACUACUGCAGGAAACAUACGUGCUCCUUCAAGAACCAACACGCUUACGACUGAGACGCCGUUCUGGAAAACGGCUACAAUUCUCUCUCAAACAUCUGGACCUUCACACAUCUGACAAACAUCAUGAAGACUUUACAACCUACAAGAAGAAAUGCCCUGGUGGUGAUAUUUCAUCACACAUAAAAAAAAUUCGCCCUAUUGAUUGUGGGAUGAAAUGUGUCACAUAGACCAUCUGAUUUCUCAGGAACAUGUCUACAAAAACUCCAGUUUUAUCAUUUUCAAUGACUACCAUUAACACAAGUUGCUCAGAAGUGAAAAAUAUGAACUUUGCAUCCAUAGUUUCUGGUUUAAAUUCACUGAGAUGUUUGAUGUGAUAAAAUACAAACAUAAAUGGCAAAUUAAUCUGUAUUAAAUUGAUUUCAUUAUCA